AUGAAGAUGCUGAGGUGGAUGUACGGUGUGACCAGGCUUGAUAAAAUCUGCAACGUGGGUGGAAGCCUCGGUGUGCCUGACAUCGCCGAUAAGAUGCAGGAGAGUAGGCUGAGAUGGUAUGGUCACGUAAAAAAGAGGCCACCUGACUACGUCGGAAAUUUUAUACUAAUGCUUGACCUCCCCGGUCGGAAACCUAGAGGUAGACAACACAAGGCGGAAAGAUGUAGUGCUGAAGAAGAAAAGGAAAUGCAAUGUUGCUGA